AGUCACUCUCAAGCAGUCUACCUUGUCUCUUGUACUACUGGACUCAUGAGAAAAGUGUGAGUGAACUUGUAGAAAAAUGGGUUCCCUUUUUCUGACCUUCGUCGGAUUGAGUUUCGUCAUUCUCAUCAAUCAUUCAAUUCAAGGUGCGCCUUCAGGUGAGCAGAAAAGUAUUUUACCGACGUGUUCCCUUUGCAAUCUUGUGGUCCGGGGUAUCUUCCAAAGUUUCGAAAUUGGACUUACGGAUGAAGACAUCGUCGAUAAUAUCGCUUUAACGUGUAUCAGUCGGAGUCUCUACGACGAAGAGAUUUGUCGAGGUGUAGCCUCUGCCGCCAUCCCCACAGUGAGAUACAUCUACAAUAACUCACUAGUGGAUCCAGGAAACGUUUGCGGUAUCCUUAUGCAAGAAGCAAAUUGCACGUUUUCUGAUCGCGAGAAAUUGGAAUGGAGUAUCGCGCCAAGUUCGAUAUCAAAACCGGAUGUGGUUCAACUAACUUUACCUUCGGCAGAGAUGCCAACCAUCAAAGUUCUCCAUUUGGCCGAUCCUCACUGGGAUCCUGAGUAUAUGGAAGGUUCAAAUGCUAACUGUGGAAAUCCGCUCUGUUGUCGGGCUUCUUCGGGUCCGAUAACGAAAAACGAAGAUUCGGCCGGAUACUGGGGUGACUACCGAAAAUGUGAUUUACCUUGGAGAACUCUGGAAAACUCGGUCGAGCAAAUGUCGAAGCAUCACCUUGACUCCGCUUACAUCAUCUGGACUGGCGACCUUGUUCCACAUGAUAUCUGGUCAACCAGUCGAGAAGAAAAUAUGCUCAUCCACGAACGCUUACUCAAUCUUGUAAAACGAUUCUUCCCCGACACGCCUAUCUACCCAACUUUGGGCAAUCACGAUGCUCAUCCCGUGAACACGUUUGCCUUACCAGAAAUAACGGAUCAAGAACUUGGCACCGGCUGGUUGUAUCAAGAUGCUGAGCGUCUUUGGACCAAAUUUGGUCUUCCGAGUGAAGCUUCUUCUACGAUCCGCCAUGGAGGCUAUUACACUGCUUUAGUUCAACCGGGGCUCAGGAUUGUUUCCUUAAACACAAAUUAUUGCUACACAUUCAACUGGUGGACACUUUCUUCGGCAAAAGACCCGGCCUCUUUACUCUCGUGGCUUACGAAGACUCUCGAAGCCGCAGAAACAGCGAAAGAAAAGGUACAUAUUAUCGCACACAUUCCACCUGGUAAUGAAGACUGUUGGACAAUCUACUGUCGAGAAUUCGACAAAAUUAUCAAUCGAUUCGAGUCGACAGUCGCCGCUCAAUUUUACGGACACACUCACAAUGAAGAAUUCAAAAUAUUCUAUGAUGAAACAAAUGACACGCGUCCUAUCAAUGUUGCCUACAUAGCGGGAAGUCUGACCAGCUUCACAAACCUGAGUCCUAGUUACCGGGUGUAUACCAUUGAUGGCCAACGACCAGACUCCAGUUGGAGCGUGUUGGACUUCAGUACGUGGACGAUGAAUUUGACUGAAGCCAAUGAAAAGGGUCCGAUGCAUUUGCCCGAAUGGUUUGAACUUUACCAGGCUAAAAAGGAAUACGCCUUGGCCGAUUUAAGCCCGAAAACAAUCGAUGAAUUUUUCUCGCGCAUGUUAAAUGAUGACGCACUUUUUCAACUGUACUUCAAGAAUUAUUAUAAAGCCACUGACAACUUUGUGUCCGAAGGUUGCGAUGAAGAGUGCCGCAAGAAAAUUUUGUGUCGAUUGGUCACAAGUAAUAUCGCCGAUAGAAAACGCUGUAAUAAGAUCGAUCGAAAAUAACCAGCCACGAAGAUCCUCAUGUUACAAUAAGUGCGCAAUGAACAAAGUUGCACGACAAUGAGUUUUUUGUUGCUUAACAAAUAACGAACAAGAAAUAUUUUAGUGUAGCGAGAUAUUUUUUAAGUUAUUAGCUCAUAAAUGCCUAGAGUUAGACCGAUCUUUUACUUUACGUUAAGGCCCAGUGCGAAAAUGUUGAAGUGCAACAAAUAUUUUAAAAUUUGAGCCCAACUAUAGCAAGGAAUCGAAAUUUUAAAUUAUACAAUGAAUUAAAUUCCACCUAUUAUUUAAAAUACUAAUGCUCAUUAUUUCAAAUAUUUCAAAUAUUAACAGAUAUGUCAAAUAUUUCAUACGACGAAUACGACGAAUAAACGAAACUGCAAACAAAUACUACGAUUGAAUUAUUUAAGAAAAUAAACGAUCCCAGGAAAAGGAUUGAUUGUUAAGUUUCUAACCGUGCUUCUGGCUAAAAAGCUAUCCGUAGAUAAAAUAAGAAAUAGAACAGAACAAGAUAUUUCCGCGAAAGAAGUGUUUUCAAAUGUGACGGAUGGCGCCGAAAAACGUAUUAAAAAUAUUUUUCCUUAGGUUCCAAUUUAACGAUUGUUUCGCUCACUUCCCACAAUUUUUUUGCAAUUCCAACAUCUUGUGCCAGCUUUGAAGGUUUAACAAUCUGAUUUGAAACAAACAAAUGUUCUUUGUAGAGCAUUUAAAUAAGGGCAUGGGCAUACGAGGCUAUGAAGAAUAAUUGUUAUUGGAAAUAGCUAACCUUGCAAUCUCGGAAAUAUUGUCCUGUCACGUUUGCAACAUCGUCAGCGACCGCCAAAUAAAUUGUGGUCUGUGCGCCUUCUCUUGGUGACUAGAAUAUUAGAAAGAAAUUUUU